UUUAUUGCAGUAGGCACAACUCUGAUCUCUAUCUCUCUAUAUUCUUUUUCUGGACAAAGACUUAUCUUUUUCAUGAUUUUGUCUGCAGAUCAGGAGUGAAGCUCUGAACCUAGAAAUAUUUAAUUAGCUGAAAAUCCAUUAUUCCAUUUAAUUAACGUCUAUAAUGGGUCAUAGGUUUCGAUUAUUCUUCACAUACUGAGUUUUUGUUGAUUGCUUAUCAUCCCCUGUUUUCCUUUCUGGGGAUUCCUCUCUUUUCCCCAUGCAUUUUCAAGAAAUCUCUUUGGGCUUUGAGCUUUGUUUUCGUGUUUAGUGUCACACACAUGGCACUAUCUUUUUCUGUUUUCUCUCUCUGUUGCACAUGUGGGCUUAUCUGCUUUUGCCUCCUCUAGGAGAUACAAGGCAUCAGAUUAUAGUAGAACUCUUCUUGAUAUGUGGUUAUGAGCAGCAGAAAGUAUCAGAGUACCACGGAGCAUGUCGUGUAGUGUCAGCUAUCCAUUCACUCUCUGUGCUAACCGGAUGGAAUCUGGGCGUAGGAUCUACUCACCUGAUGAGUACAUAUUGGAUGCAAAAUGGCUUAUUGAUCCCAACCAUCUAUUUGUUGGGCCAAAAAUUGGAGAGGGAGCUCAUGCUAAAGUGUACGAGGGAAAAUGCAAAAACCAGACUGUUGCUAUCAAGAUUAUUCAUAAAGGAGAAACUCCAGAGGACAUUGCCAAGAGAGAAGCACAAUUUGCAAGAGAAGUUGAAAUGUUGUCCAGAGUUCAGCAUAACAACCUAGUGAAGUUUAUUGGUGCUUGCAAGGAGCCUGUAAUGGUGAUAGUAACUGAGCUUUUAUGGGGAGGUACAUUACGUAAGUACUUGCUGAACAUGAGGCCUGGGUGCUUGGACAGAAGUGUUGCUGUUGGGUUUGCACUUGAUAUUGCUCGUGCUAUGGAAUGCUUGCACUCUCAUGGGAUCAUACACCGUGAUUUGAAACCUGCUUUUGGUUGUGCAGAAAACUUACUCAUGACUGCAGACCAUAAAACUGUUAAACUGGCAGAUUUUGGUUUAGCCAGAGAAGAGUCGUUAACAGAGAUGAUGACAGCUGAAACUGGGACAUACCGUUGGAUGGCUCCAGAGUUGUACAGUACUGUGACAUUAAGGCAGGGAGAAAAGAAACAUUAUAACCAUAAGGUGGAUGCCUAUAGCUUUGCAAUUGUGUUAUGGGAGCUUCUGCACAACAAAAUGCCUUUUGAGGGAAUGUCAAAUCUCCAGGCAGCUUAUGCAGCUGCUUUUAAAAAUGUAAGGCCUAGUGCUGAGGACCUCCCGGAGGAAUUGGCUACAAUUAUAACUUCAUGCUGGCAGGAGGACCCAAAUGCUCGGCCGAAUUUCAGCCAAAUAAUCCAAAUGCUACUAAAAUAUCUCUACACCAAUUCUCUUUCAGAACCCUCUGUUCCUCCUCGAAUUUUCAUGUCUGAGAACAUUGUUUUGCCACCUGACUCUCCUGGUACAAGGUCUUUGAUGCCAGUACGCGAUGACACGGGGGACACACCUAAAGCAAUGAUGGAAGACAAGCCAAAAGGCUUCUUCUUAUGCUUCAAUCAGUGUUAUUAACCCCUGAAUAGGAAGCCAUCUUUUAUCUUUUAAUGCUGAUGUUGAGUUUACCAAACACAGUAGGAUCUUGGUCUCGAGUAGAUAGAUCUAUUUCUCUAGUACUGCAACUAAUAGUUUAUUCUUUGGAUUUGGGGUCAAUUAUGAUGCUUGAUUAUAAGAUAAUUGAAAUCCAACUCUUUGCUUAGAAAGGAAAGAUGCUCAUGAUGCAAGGCAGAUUUAGGAGUCUGUUAUUCCUCACCAUUUCCU